AUGGAACUGCAAAGACGCCAACUUAAGGGCUAUGGAGCAGAACUCAGAGGUCCUCUGAACUCAGAGCAUAGUGGUAGUGGCGGAUCUGUGCAGGCGCAAGGAGGUGCACCUGCACCUCCGCUCGCCGGAAAACUCCAUAAGAGAUGCUGGAGUUGCACCUCUGCUCAGACUAGAGACGCACGCAAGGUGUUCGAUGAAAUGUGCAAAUGGCCUAGGUGUUGUGCUGCUGGUGCUGCAAGCUGCGCUGAGCGCGCGCUUCUUUUUUUGUUUAUAACAAAGCCUGGCCAAAACGAUGUCGUUUUGCACCGGCAUGGUGGUGGUGGUGGUGUUGGUUGUGGAGGUGGUGGUGGAUGUGGAAGUUUUGAAGGAGGUGGUGGUUGUGGUGGUUGUGGUGGUAGUGGUGAUGGUGGUGGUUGUUGUGGUGGAGGUGGAGGUGAAGGUGGAGUUGGUGGUGGUGGUGGUGGUGGUGGUGGAGUUGGUGGUGGUGGAGGAGGUGGUGGUGGUGGUGGUGGCGGUGGCGAUGGCGGUGGUUGUGGAGGUAGUGAAUGUGGUGGUGUAAGUGGUGGAGUUGGAUGUGGAAGUGGAGUUGGUGUUAUUUUUUAA